AUGCCUAUAGAAGACGAUAAGGAAUGGGUUACAGAACCGCUUAUAUGGCACGAAGAGUCCCUACGCAUGGGCACGCUAGAAAACGACUCUCAAAUUUUCGUCAAAAACGACGCCUAUGACGACUUGCUUAGUACACUUUCGGAGGACAGAAUUCGUCAUGGAGGCAGACACCGAUAUUGCAUACGGUUUAGAGGUAUUUCUGCUACGAAAGCCAUGUAGUGAAGCAUUACAACUUUUUUUGUGCUGUCUUGCUUUACCUACUUACUUGAAUCACAAAUAAAGAUAGAGAGUAAAAUAAGGAAAAACAAGUAUAAUUUGAAGUUUCAAUAUCUGCUCACCAACAUCACCGAGCAUUAUCUACAACUCUCUGCAACCUUUACCUCCAACAUCACAGAACGCGACUACGUCGACCAAGUGAAUGGCUUUUCUAUGGCAGACGGCAUUGGUUUCGUUUUUUCCAACAAGCUACCCUGCGCCAAGAAUAUUCAGCGAAUUCAGUCUGUUUUCGUGAGCAGAAAAGGCAUUGUCUGCGUGAGACGGAAAGCGGACGUCACUAGAUGUAAGGAGUUUUCCGUGAGACCCUUCGAGGACCGAGAUUACAUCUGGUGCGAAAUCGACCUGACCAGAGGAAAUGCGGCGUUCUGGGUAGAGGGACCAGAAACAAACGGGAAAACUAACGGACCACCAAAGGGAACUGUCUUUUACUAUGGAGAUUGUUUCCCACAGUUCGCACAGCAGAAACUCGAUAUGGGAUUCAUCACGGCGGUGAUUAAGUUUCAGGUAAUGGACAAUUUAUACACGUAGCGCUCACCGAUCUGACCUGUAGAAGUUCCAAUUCACUUCAGGAGGAGAAGCUUUGCUACGGACUUAUAUGCUUUUUUAGCUUUACUUAUUAUACAUGCGACCUCUGCCUACCUUCUUCGUUACGAGAGUGAGAGUUGAGUGAUGCUACUUCGGUGUCUGCUUGAACAACCUGCUCAACAAGACAAGAUCAUGGGGUUGGGAAUAACAACGUUUCUUUCAUAUAUUGUAUGGCGAAGCAUUUUGCACUAAAGAUGAAAAUCAAUAUACAUAGGAUACUAUCUUCCAUCAUGGAUCCCAACAUACAAAAAAUCCUAUAGUUGACCCACAAAUUAAAUAUUCUUUCACUCACAUCUUCAGGGCGUCGCAGCGGAUGCGAUUUGCUAUCAGAAAUUGGUCCCGAAAAGCGGCUUGGCUGACAUUCCGGUUCCUGGUGAAUCCUCCGGCCUGUCGACACAGAAAAGUGAGUCCUCGGCUUCUUACCACAGCCCUAGCAUGAUUGCAGUAGGAGCAGUCCUCCCAGGGUCUCAACAUAGUAACGGGAAAAACGGUUCUUCAGGAGUAGCUCCAUCUAGUGGUCUAUCUAGUGCAACUGGUUCACACAAGAUGACAUCUUCUGCUGGCCCAGGUGUAGUCUCUGGUGUAGUCUCUGGUGUAGUAGACAAGGCAGUGGAACAAGGGGUGAAUGGAAGCUCCUCGAAUGGAGAGCUAUCGCGAGAGCAGAUUGUUUUGCCGAGUCCUAUACAACGAUUUAGUCCUGCACCAGAAGGCACAGGUCCAGCGUCGACUUUGAAAGGAGACGCUCCUACUACUUCAACAUCGGCAAAAGCAUUCAUGUAGAACCUGGCGUAGGGGUGCCUUUUAUCUUCCUUCAACAGAGGUGGGAAAAAAACCCUUAAAUCUUCCUUAGACAGAGGUUCCUUAUAACACGACAAGGGAAAAACUCCAAAUAGUACUAACACCGUAUCAUGACUAGUAUGCGUCAUCUACACCCUCCGCACAUGAGCGGAGGUUAGGACACGACUCUUUUAGUUGUUUCAACAUUAAUAGAUAACUCAGGAUUAUUUAGGAUUUUUCACAAUUAUGUGCAUGUGCUAAUUCUAGCAACGUUGAUGGUCGUGUAUUAGAAGUUCUGUAAGUUGUCUACACAGAGGUAGCGGUAGAACUUCUACAGGGUGCGAUUAUACUGUGAUGGAAAUUAAAAGUUAAAUUGUGUUUUUGAAGGCGUACUAUGAUUAUCAGCAGGUGGUUCUUGGGGUGGCGCUAGUACCGACGUCGAGUUGUUCUUGCAAUGACGAGAUGUCAGGAGAUAGGUGACGAGAACUUCUGGAAGGGGGACAAGAUGAUUACUUAUACGCUGUUGAAGAAAUCGAAGCACACUUUGAAGCUAGCGACGCACACCUACUUAGACAUAAUAGUCACGAUCAUAGGGCUCGUAUCUAAUGAUGUUUCUUCGCCUGCUAUAGAUAUUUCAUGAAAAAAUCCAAAUACAAAGACAAACAAGCAUGAUUUGAAGAUCUUCGCGUACUCAUGAUAGACUACGAUAGUAUAAGCGCUCGAGUUCUCGCUCAUUCUCGAUUAGAUCUAAUAUCAUAGACUCUCGUCUUCGGCUAAACUAGAUAUGUUUUUUUUCGUUACACUCAACCUGAAGGUUACCAGACAAUUAUUUCUUGCUAUAAGUUCUUUUUCUUGCUUCGUCCUGAGAGUAUGGAAUCUACACUCAAGACAGGGGAAGCAAGUAUUUAGUUUGUGUGUGCCGACUCAUUGACUUUUUUUAAAAAAGAAGGAUGCUGGAGAUUAGUGACGGCAAACUUGUUGUAGAUUGUCUUCAACGUGCAACUGGACUUGAUUAAUCUCUCCUCCUUCCCUUCUCUCUCGCGGCGACACAUCGAGGACUAGCGAAGGAUCCAAACCCACAGUAAGAGUAACGCACCGCACAACCGGGCUCUAGUAUAGCUACAGAAAGUCCUAUCGCUGUCUUCCCUAGUUUUCUGCGCCAAGGAAUCCCCUCACUCCUGAAUGCUUACUUUGUUAGAUAAAGCGUGAGUAUGAAAAAUGAAUAAACUCACGCUGACGCUGCUUAUCAUGUUCUUUUCCUUUCAUGGCAAACAGACCAGGGCCAAAAAAUUGCUCUCCAAUGAUCCAUCUUGUUGUAAGCAGUUGGGCCGACUGACACAGCCAGAUACAACGAAAAUGUCCACCUCCGCCUAAUGUAAUUGCAUUAAAGUACUUCCAGUAAUAUUACUCUGUAUUUUCACGAGUAGGUACAACAGAGGCCACAGCAGGUACCUUCCUAGCACCACUAGUCCUAAGCCCUAAGCACGUAAUCCCACGAUCUGAAACUAAUUUUCUCACAUACAGAAGACUGUGUCUGUCGUAGUCCUUCCAAUCAAACGGAAGACGAUAUUGAAAUGCCAGAGGUGGUUUCGAGCUUUUUUUUCCAUCUUUUUCUUAUCGCACGACUACAAGGCGUCUCUCGCACAAACCGACUACUCCAUUUUCUUCGACUACGCGUCAAUGUUGAAGAUCAAGAUUGUUCUUACAAUAAAAGGGCUUCUCAAGAAAAUACAUCAUCUAUCAGAGGUUGUCUUUGGAAUGCUGUGCUAGAAUAGUCUAAGUCUGUCAUGAUAUCGACUGAGAUGACGGCGAGUCCUCAUCACCACUGCGCUACUAGUCCCGUUGAAUCUUCAUCGACUCAUCGGCCAUGUUCAUCAUCCGCAAGCAUGCCAAAUAGCAGAGGCACCGAGAGAACAGGAAAUAUUUCAC